AUGCGACACCCACUUAAACUCGAAGUUGCAAAGAUGCAAACGAGACUGGGGUAUCAGGCACCAGAGAUCACCCGUGGGCACGUGGCUUUUGGGAGUGGGGACCUGCUGCCACAGAUCUCUGAAGAGUCUGGACCUGCUGGGUCUCACCGAGUGACUGUCUGGGGUUUUAAGAAGCUGAGAGUGGAAGAGAGCCUGGGGCUGGCCCCAGUUGCUGCUGUGAAACAGGGGUCACUGGAUGCUGGGACCCUGGCCGGGCUGGCUGGAGGCCUCAGGAAGAGGCCUGCUACAGCGUCAUCCUGGCCAAGAUUCCUCCCUGCAGAGGACCCUGGCCACACUGCCACAGGCCAGACCCUGGCCUCAGUGCAAGCUCCAGCACAGACCCCAGCACCCGCUCUGCUUGGUCCUGCUCUUCCAGGGCCCUUCCCUGGUGGCCGUGUGGUCAGGCUGCAUCCAGUCAUUUUGGCCUCCACUGUGGACAGCUACGAGAGAUGCAACAAGGGUGCUGCCCGAGUUAUCGGGACCCUGUUGGGAACUGUCAACAAACACUCAGUGGAGGUCACCAAUUGCUUUUCAGUGUCACACAAUGAGUCAGAUGAAGUGGCUGUUGACAUCGAAUUUGCUAAGAACAUGUAUGAACUGCAUAAAAAAGCUUCUCCAAAUGAGCUCAUCUUGGGGUGGUACGCUGCAGGCCAUGACAUCACAGAGCACUCUGUGCUGAUCCAUGAGUACUACAGCCGAGAGGCCCCCAACCCCAUCCACCUCACUGUGGACACAAGUCUCCAGAACGGCCAUAUGAGCAUCAAAGCCUAUGUCAGCACUUUAAUGGGUGUCCCUGGGAGGACCGUGGGAGUGUUCACACCUCUGACAGUGAAAUACGCAUACUAUGACACGGAAUGCAUCAGAGUUGACCUGAUCAUGAAGACCUGCUUUAGCCCCAACAGAGUGGUUGGACUCUCAAGUGACUUGCAGCAAGUAGCAGGGGCAUCAGCUCGCAUCCAGAAUGCCCUGAGCAUAGUGUUGCAAUAUGCAGAGGAUAUACUAUCUGGAAAGGUGUCAGCUGACAAUACCAUCAGGAAGGUGGGCCACUUCCUGAUGAGCCUGGUUAACCAAGUACCAAAAAUAGUUCCCGAUGACUUCGAGACCAUGCUCCACAGCAACAUCAAUGACCUGUUGAUGGUGACCUACCUGGCCAACCUCACACAGUCACAGAUUGCCCUCAAUGAAAAACUUGUAAACCUGUGAAGGGACCCCAAGCAGUAUGCUUGCUGGUCUAGGUCUUAACCCCAGGACUCAGAAGUGAAGGAAAAAUGGUUUUUUUGUGGU